UCCACCAAACAGACCCUCAAAUCUCAAUCCUAACGUAUAAAUAUCAAAUCCCCAUUUCUAAUCAAAUCACACUCCCAAUUCGAAACCCUAACCCUAAUCUCAUCAUGGCGGCAUCGCCGGAGAAGCGAUGCCUUUACGAAAUUCUCGGCUUGAAUCUCGAUUGUUCUCCCGACGAGAUCCGCUCGGCGUACAAAAAGCUCGCGCUCCAACGCCACCCCGAUAAGCUGAUGCGCUCCGGCUUAUCUCAAGAAGACGCAACGGCGUCGUUUCAGGAGCUGGUGAAUGCGUAUGAGGUCUUGUCUGAUCCUCGCGAACGCGCCUGGUAUGAUUCUCAUAGGUCUCAGAUUCUGUUUUCGAGCUCGAGUAAUGCUGGUUCCGCUACUUCGAUUCCUAAUUUGUUUAGUUUCUUUUCGAAUAGUGUGUUUUCGGGGUUUUCGGAUAGUGGAAAGGGGUUUUAUAAGGUUUACGGGGAUAUUUUCGAUAAGGUUUAUGCGAAUGAGGUGAAUUUUGCAAGGAAGAUGGGGGUGGGAGGGGUGAAGGAGGCGCCGGUUUUGGGGAAUUUGAAGAGUCCGUAUACACAGGUGAAUGCGUUUUAUGGGUAUUGGUUGGGGUUUGUGACAGUAAUGGAUUUUGUGUGGGUGGAUGAGUAUGAUUCGAAGGCGGGGGAGAAUAGGAAAGUGAGGAGGUUGAUGGAGGAGGAAAAUAAGAAGUUGAGGAAGAAAGCGAAGAGGGAGUAUAAUGAGACGGUUAGGGGGUUGGCGGCAUUUGCAAAGAAGAGGGAUAAGAGGGUGAUUGAUAUGGUGGUUAAGAGGAAUGAGGAGAUGGAGAAGAGGAAGGAGGAGGAGAAGGAGAGGAAGAGGGAGGCGGAGAGAGUGAGGGCCGAGAGGGUGAAGGCGUAUAAGGAGCCGGAGUGGGCAAGUGUUGAGGAGGGUGUGGAGGAGGUGGAGGAAGUUGUGGAAGAGGGGGAGAGGAAGAAUGAAUUUUAUUGUGUGGCAUGUGGGAAGAAGUUUAAAAGUGAGAAGCAGUGGAGGAAUCAUGAGCAGUCGAAGAAGCAUAAGGAGAAGGUGGCGGAGUUGAGGGAGGCUUUUGAAUAUGAGGAGAGAAUGAAUGCGAAUGGGGAAAAGGAGGAAGAAGAAGAUGAUGAAGGAGAGGAGGAGGAUGAGACAGAAGGAAAUGGGUUUGUGUCGGCUGAUGAUUGCGCGGAUGAUCUUACGGAGCAGUUUGGUAAUGGUUUUGGUGUGCUGGAGGAAGAAGGCACUGGUGGUGAUGAAGAGCAGGAGGAAGGUGAAUCUAGUGAAGAAGAAAUGUUUGUUGAUAUUGAUAAUGGUCAUAAUUUAAAAGGGAAUUCCGAGUUGGGCAUGGAUGUUGAUGACGAGGCCAGUAUUCUUGAAGCAAUGGUGUCAGGUCUCAAGAGUAAGAAGAAUAAAAAUGGUGAGAGUAAGGCUUCGUCUCCAGAAGUUCAUGUUGCGAAGGACAGUGAUGAGAUGGAAUUUAUGGAUUAUAAUAAUUGUAAGGGGACAAGAAGAAACAAAGGAAGUCGAAGACGUAAGGGCAGAAAAGACGAUGAAGAAGUUAAAAAACGAGAUGCUGCUGAAACCACUGGACAAGCUGUAGAGGAAGACUUUAGCACCUUGGGCAAGUCAGAUAAACCUGAUGAAGUUGUUCAAGAUGAAUCUGAAAAACUAAGUAGUCAGUCUGAUGAGGUAAAUGUGCAAGUGGACAGUUCAGUUGCAGAAGAGAUAAAACCUCAUUCUUUCGUGGUUACUGGGACUAAAGGUGUUGAUAAGGAUCAGAAGGGUUUAAAAGCGGUAGCUCAGAAGAUUCUUGCUGACAAGAAAGAUAUAAAUUCUAAAUCGAAGACUGCAUCUAAAGGAAAGAAACACAAGGCUUCAUCAAAAACUUCUAGUAAUAAUAUCUGUGAAAGGUGUGGACAGGAAUUUGAAUCAAGGACUAAACUGCAUAAACAUUUGGGUGAAACUGGUCAUGCGACCCUCAAAUCAAGAUGAGCAUAGAUAUCAAUUAUAUAUAUAUGUAUAUCAAAUUGUAGAGCAGUUUAGGGUGAUAUCUGUCCCUUUCUACUCAUGGCAUUCGCUCUUGGUGAAUUCAUGUGGCAAAUUGAGUUAGGGGUUUGAAUUUGUUCACAAUAUAAUAUAUGGAACAUAUUGUAAGAAUUUGGGACCUGCAGCGGUACUCUAGAUUACAUAUACUAAAAAUGUGUAUGCCCAGACAAGGUCACAAGGACAUGUAUGUAUGUGCAAUCUUUUGAAGAUUGCCAGUAGGAUGCUGCCUGCUCUGUUGGGUUGCCAUUGUCAAUUCCAGAGCAGAGCGAAGUCCAGUACACAUUGUUGUCUUGUGUAUUCUUGACAAUUUUGAUUUUUGACAUGUAUGAUUCUUUUAUCAAAGCCAAUAAGCCAAUAAUUUUUAGAACUUAA